CCGCAUUCAACACAACAGGAGUAAAAAUAGAACGCUUUCGGCUAGAAAAGUUUACGUUUGCUUUCAGAAAAUAGCAUUACUUAUCAAACAAUUUAAACCUUAGAUAUUUUUUCGUGGUGCACAGUCUGCAAACGGCGUUGCGUAAAAUUAGAUACCCACAGACGGACGUGAACAAUACAACCAGCUGAUCAGUUAUCUGACUUUUAAUUUUUUCGUUGUUAUUCUUAAAGAAACCACGGUAAUUGUAAGUUUGUAACAUGUUUAACCUAGAAGACAAUCGCGAAUCGCUUGCACCGAAGCGUAUACACUAUUUCAAUAUGUCCAACUUGCUGUACUAUUUCAAUCCGAAGGAUUUCGUCAUCACAUCCAAGUGCAACGUAUUAAUGUUGUUGGUCUUAUUCAAAUUGGUAUUGGCCGUGAUUAUUGUGACCAUUUGCACCCGAAAUCAUGUACAGUCAGGAAAAGAACUUCCGCUUUGCUUGGGGAAUUUACUAGACAACCGGGAACACCAUUAUGCAAAAGAUUCAGAUGGAUCGUACGAUAACAGUCGAAUGAUAUCAAAAUUGGGAUCGUGCCAGCUGACACGUUACACUUUUGAACGAGUAGUUGCCUGUUUUAAUGCGCUUAGUGAGCGACAUUACUUAGCCCAGAAUAACUCUUCUAAUAACCUUAAUGUCGUCAACAGAUUAUAUAAAAAAUUUACACUUUGCAUUUAUAGGUGAUUCCAGGAUGCGUCAACAAUUUAUAAACUUUCUCAAGAUUAUUCCAGAUUACAAUCGGAAAUCAAAACCGAGCCCCCUCCCAUUUGUUUAUCACGGUAAUAUGGAAGUUACAAGUGAAAUACUGAGAUUGCGAUUAUCCUUUCAAUGGCAACCUCUCGUUAAUGACACGAUUAUCGAUACGAUACGCCAGUGGGCAACUGAUAGUCAAGCUGAUCGACCAAACUUGAUUUUUCUAGGUAUUGCUUUGUGGUACAUGAUUCAAACACCCGGGGAACAUCAACCUUUCCAAAAACAAUUAGAGCGACUCGCUCCGUUGCUCAGUCAGUUGGCGAAUGUCAGCAAGGUUAUUUGGCUUAAUCAAUACCCAGUCAUGGAAACGUAUGGCGAUAAUGGCGCUGUGAACACGGCGAUUUUUUCGGAAAAGAUCAAUCAUUACAACGAAGACGCUCGGUCUGAACUGCAGCAGAGUUAUUUGCCAAUCAUAUGGGAUUCAAGUAAUUCGUUGGUUGAGGAAUACAUCCGCGGAUGCAUUCUCUUUCGGCAGCGCGUGCAACUUGGGAUGUAUCUGCUCACGGAUCCGGAUUAUUCGUACAUUAACUGCAACGACCACACACACCCGGCUUACUCGGCCCUAUCGCAAGCCACUCAACUUCUUUUACACGACCUUUGCGACGCUCGAAAAUUAUUCUUCCCGUGACAUUUGAAAAUUGAGGAUCAUAUUCAAUUUUGGUACAUAUAUAUCUUGCACUCACAUUCGGAUUGUGAGCGCUAUAUCGACUUUUCCUUUGGUAAAUGGAAUCUCAAACUUUAGCAAGACCGUCAGAAUCACAUACAGUAGGCUACCAAUUGGCAGCUAUUAAAUUAUAAUCCAAGGUGAUAUGGAGAAAAAAGAGAAAAACACGGAAACAGGAAACCUCUACUAAUUUACUUUUACAUCCAGAAGGUCUCUUCUUUCUAACGCGAUAUUAUAGCGCUGUUCCUUUCAAAUAUUCAAUACAGAAAGAAACGGAGACUUGAUCAGCAAAUUUUCAUCCGUGAUUUUUUUAUUAAAUAAAUCCACUGAUUCGGAAAGUUUAUUCCGGAAAAAAUUAUUUUUUUAAAUCGGAAAGGAGAAGGUCCUAAGGAGAAGAAGGAACUAAGCAUAUUAGAUCCUUUCUGCUGGAGUCUCCUUCUCAAAACAUACGCUGUCAGUUUUCAAUUAUAUUGGAAAAUUCGUUGUCGAGUUACGGUAUUUUAGUCAUGUAUGAAGGAGAAAUG